GAUCAAGUGGAAGCAAAGUGAGGACCCACUAGGCCACAAGGCGAAAAAUGGGGGCGCCCGUAACAAACCAGUGACAGAGAAAAACUCUCGUUGAUUCAAUGGACGGAGCACAGAUAUAUAAAGGACGCCAGAAAUUAUGAAUUAAUCAGAACAAAAAAAAAAGGAAAAGGGAUCAGAGAUGGCGUGCAGGACGUUAUUGCGUUCCGUUUUCAUGACGGAGCCGUGGAGGCCUCUGCAACGAAACGGGAAUUUCUGUACUGUUGAAACGUUGAGGAGCUUUGGAAUUUCUGCUGCGAAGAGAGGGAGCCGCGGAUGUUACGCUACGGUUGUUAGUACUCGAGACGUUCACUUUUGGAAACGGACUCAGAAACUGAAUAGCUGUCACAAUGAAACGCCGUCGUCUUCGACAUCUGAGGAGGAUGACGUUGAUCAAGGCCCUCCUCAGGAAGCCAUUCUCAAAACAAUUUCAGAGGUAUCAAAGACAGAAGGGAGAGUUGGGCAAACCACAAAUGUGGUUAUUGGUGGUACAGUAGCAGAUGAUUCGACUAAUGAAUGGCUUGCUUUGGAUCAGAAGAUUGCUUUUUUUUUUCAGGUCAACUCAUACCCUACUGUUAGAGGAUUUAUAGCGAUUGGAACCGGAGGUGAUGAUUUCAUACAAGCUAUGGUUGUUGCUGUGGAAUCUGUAUUACAACAUCCAAUUCCUGAGGGUCGGGUGAGGCAGAAAUUAUCAUCUAGGAGAAAAUAUGUAUCUGUCAACAUUGGUCCUGUUCGAGUUGUUUCUAGUGAACAGGUUCAAGCCGUUUACAAUGCCAUGAGGAGAGAUGAUCGAAUGAAAUACUUUUUGUAAUGUGAUCCUCAUUCUCGAUUUAUGUAGAAUGGGAUCAUGUAAGGGGCCAUGUGAUUGCCCUUUUCUUCUUCCUGGGUUUCUUUUGAAAGGGAUCAUGUAGUCGAGAUUAUGUUCUUUGAAGUCACCAUCAUGGGCAAGAAAUCAUCAUUGAAGUUAGUCUAUUCUGUAUUUGUGCCUUUGCUAAGUUGUGUCAAUCUGUAUUUAAUGAUGUAUUAUUUAUUUGUCAGUCAGAAAUUAGUCUGCAAAUGGCACAUUUCAUUCAUAAUUAACCAUCUUUUUAUUGAAGCAAAAGUGAGGUGUUUUUUAGUUCUUCCAAUUUCAUGAAUUCCUAAAAGCAUUUCUCAUCUUUUCUCAGCUCUAUUCACUUUUCCAUUUGACCCUUAAAUUUUGCUCGAGUUUUCUUAGAAACCUUCUCCUUUAAAGGGUAGCCACUACAUCCAAAUUAAAAUGCAUUUUAUAAGUUUACUAAUCAGGGUGAGAAGUUGUAUUUUUUAUCACUCAGACACGUGGGCACUGAGAGACCUGGUUAGGUCUCAGCUAUCAGUUUAAGGUCAUUUACUAGUAAGUCAGAUAUCGUUGCCCCAAGGAGUUGAAUCAUCAAGACCAUUUCCUUACAGACAAUGUAGU